ACCCACCGCCGCGGACCCCGACCCGCAGGUCCCAGGUCCCGGCGCGGCGGCCGCCGUGACUGCCGGUGACUUUGGCUUUGGCUGGAUGUCGGCCGACCCGCGUCACCAGUUUGACAGCCUCGCACCAAAUCAGAGGGCGGCUCUCGCCGGGAGCCCCGGGCGCCACCCGGAGCUCCCGCGGAUUAGAACUCGCCUCUCCUAGCUCCUCCCCUCAGUCCCAUUUAAAGCUCCCACGGGCUUUACCGAAAAAAUUAAGAGUGGGCUCAGUCUGCAGCGCCUUCUUCCACUGCAAGAUGAACACCGUUCUGCCUUGCCAAGACCAGUACUUUGUAGGAGGCCAGAACUAUAAUUGCCCGUAUUCCACUACAACGUCAGAAUCUAGUGUUGACGUUUCCACGGAGACUUGGGUCUCUUUCUGGGCUGCUGGUCUCCUGGACAACAGAGAGCCCCAACGAGCACCACAGGCACAGGAAUCAUCAAGCGACUCAAAUUUCCCUGUUCCUGACUUGUGUUCAUGGGAAGAGGCUCAGCUUUCCUCUCAGCUCUAUAGAAACAAACAGCUCCAGGAUACUCUGGUGCAGAAGGAAGAAGAGCUUGCUAGGUUACAUGAAGAGAAUAACCACCUCAGACAAUACCUGAAUUCUGCUUUGGUUAAAUGUCUUGAGGAAAAGGCCAAGAAAUUGCUGUCAUCAGAUGAGUUCUCCAAAGCAUGGGGAAAGUUCAGAAAGGGGAAGAGGAAACCCAAAGAGCAGAGAUAUUUUCCUCCUGAGAUCCCCCAUCGCAAAAAUGCCAAGAGAAACCUCUCUAGUGAAUUUGCUAACUGUGAAGAACAACCCGGGCCUCCUGUGGAUCCCUGGGUCCUUCAGACACUUGGGUUAAAAGACCUUAACACCAUUGAUGACACCUUAUCAGCUAACUACAGUGCCCUCUCCUCUCACCCCAGAAAACUCACCAGCAUAUUUCCGCAGUUUCCCGAUGAUGCAGUUGAUCAUGAAAAUACCCCCAGGGAGGAUCUGCCAAUUGACUACGAAGGUGACAGAACAACCCCCUCGCACAGCACUGCCAGCCACAGCGAAGAUUUUGCCUUCUUUUCUCAACUUUCAAAUCCCCCAGGAGGGCUGCAAACUCUUCCUUACUAUACUUCUGAUGUGUCACCCAAUAAGACAGAGAUGGCCUUUUCCACAUCCCUGAGCCCUCACUGUAAUGUGAAAACUCAUUCCUUCCACCAGGGACAAGCCUUUGUUCGUCGAGAUAGAGAGGGAGGCUGGAAGUUUACCUGGGUCCCUAAGCAGGCUUAGUGACCCCUCUUCUAUCACAAAGGACUGCCAUGAACUCUGUUUACAAAGACCUCUCUUGCACUGGAACUUGACUAUGUGGAAUAUGGAAGCUAUUGCCCAGACUGUUUCCUGCCACUUUAAAUGUCACUCUCAAUUACCCACUUAAAUCUGCAGAGAGUAGCUUCCAAGAAUCCAUAA